CUCCUCCGCUCCGCCUGCGCCCCCUCCGAACAAGCACCUCGCCGGCCGCCGGCCACCGGCCACCGCCGCGCGGCCUCGGAUCCGCCCCGCGCCGUCGCGGCCCCCCCGGCCGAGCGCGCCAUGGAGAGCGACGACGAGGAGAUGCGCGACGCCUCCUCCUCCUCCUGCUCCGUCGCCGACGACGACGACGGGGACGCGGGGUUCGAGGAGGAGGAGGGGGACGGGAAGGACGGGGUGAUGGUGAUGGAGGUCCGGUGGUUCGAGGUCGACCUCGACUACGAGUACGACGCGCCGCGCUGGUUCGACCUCGCGCAGGACGAGGCGCCCGCCGAGGCCGCCGCCGCCGAGCUCUGGUUCGCCACCGCCCCCAGCUACCCGCCCUCCCCGUUGAUUGCAAUGAUGUUGGCUGAAGACCUUGGGCUGCCGAACCUAAGAAGCAUCACAGUUGCAGAUAUAGAGGCUGUGCGUUGCCCUAAACCGUCUCAAUGUUCUUCUGGUGCAACUGAACAAAGUAUAUAUCGAUCACAUGUACCAAAUGAAGGGCGGAUACCGUGCCAUGGAGCAUCGAAAAAUGAACGAAAACCUGUCACUCGAAGUGCUGUGAAGGGGAAUUUGUCCAAGGGGUCCACACUGAUGAAGCCUACAGCCAGUCAAUUGGCCAGGCAACACAAGCAACUUGAAGUGAAGAAUGCUGUACCGAGUAAAAAAUCAGUUGGAGUGAGAAGUGACAGAAGUACCAUUAGCUCAAAUGAUUGCACUCAACAAGCUGGUAAAAGGCAGAAACUUGAAAAAGGUCAUCUCAACAAGGAUGUUGCUACAAAUCAACAUGAGUUGAUUCACAAGGCCCAUGAAAAGAAUGUUAUGAGCAGUAGCUAUGAUCGUGCUACUGUUCUACCUAAAUUGAAGAUUACAGUUCCGAGAGAACCUGAGUUGGCUACUAAGCUGAGAGCAGAGAGGUCAAGGAUUCAAAGAUCAGUCCCAAGUAAUUCAAAGCAGUUAAACAGACGGGAUUUACAACCUGCUUGUAGGACUCAAUCGGCACCGACUAGAAAGGUCGUGCAACCUUUUCGGGCUCAUCAGCAUGCAAAUAUACAACAUGUCAAUGUUGCACCAAAAACGCCAGUGUGUUCAUCUAACCGUGCGACUAGUCUUCACAACAUUGAUAAAACAUCAGAAGAUGACCGAGAUGGCACGACAGGCGCGUUUAAAUUUAAAGCUCUGCCACUGGAUAAAAAGAUAUUGGCAAGCAGAGGAGACAUUGGUGUAUUUCAAACUGCCAAAAGAAAUCCUACAGUGCCCAAGGAAUUCAACUUGUCAACAAGCCGGAAGAGCAAGCCGCCUCCAUUAUCCGAACUCUUUAACAAGCUUUCUUUAAGUACCGAAGCCUGCCGUGCCAUGGGCCGCCAGACCAGUGAACGCCCAAAUUAUAUCACUACCAAGGACUGCAAAGAGAACAUGAUUGGUGCCAUUCAUUGCUAGCUCUAGUAAGCGGUAUCUUUAACUACCUGGUAAGACCGACUUUAGUCAAGAAAAACAUCAUACAGUUCUCUUUGACAGCCUGCACAAAGGUCAAGCGUCUAAUUUUGGAGAGUAGGACUCCGACCCUUAAGUCUAACAAGAUGGAUGAAGCGAUACAUUAUUUGCCUUCAAGGCACCCUCUCUGGCAAUCUCCGGCACCGGCCAGUUUUCCGCUGCUCCCAGAGACCAGCCUGAUUUCCCCCGUUCUCGGCCUCUGUCGCACGGCUCAACGUAGCUCCUUAGCUGCUUGCCGCCGUGCCGAAGAUCGUCGGUCCCUUUUUGUACAGCUAGAGAAGCAAAACAACCCAGCCAGCCAUAGCUCGUAAUGGUGGUGUGUUGUGGGGAGAGCGACUCGCCUGACCUGACCUGGUGCGCCUGGUGGUGGGCUCUGGAAUUGUAACGACGACACCACCGCAAAUCAUCUAGCAAAGUUGUUCGCUUGCUGUA